AAGAGAGGAAACGUUAAACCAUCAGAGCCUCAUGAAAGCCACAUGAACAUGAAAGUCCAUCACACUUUGAUCUGCUUCUUCUUCCUCACACUGCAGGAUGGAAAAACUGGUCUCAUCAAUGCAGAAAUUCAUAAUGGCAUUGAAGGAGGAAACAUCACAGUAAAAUGCUCCUUCACUUUCUCUGGAAGCAGGAAGAUCUUCUGUAGGAAUGAAUGUGAAGAAAAAGACAUUCUCGUUGAAACAGCUGGUGACAGAGCUCAGAGUGGCAGAUACAGCAUUGAAUAUACAGGGCGGGUUUUUUCUUCUGAACUCAUGAAUGUGAGCAUCACAAAUCUGACUAAGUCUGACUCAGGACGGUACAGAUGUAGAUUGGACAGAGAUUGGGCUCCAGAUUCAUAUGAGGAGUUUGUCAUCAGAGUUGAAGAUGCUCCAAUCACUUCUAAACCAAACUGGACUCCCAGACCUUUGUCAACAUCAGUCCCAUCAGCCUCCACACUGACGACAACACAGAGUUUAAGCACCAGUUCAAAAAGCUCAACACCUUCAUCAGCCUCUCCUGAAGCUACCAAGCAGACUCAUCAGGAACAUACAACACCAGCUGCAGGUCCAGAAAGUGUUAAUGUAAAACCAACACAUUCUACUGCUCAAACAGCGACAGGCGUGCUGCUGUAUGUGGGUCUGAUUCUGGUCGUCAUGAUCAUCUUAUUAUCAGCGGCUGUGCUGAUAUUCUGCAGGAAGAGGACCAAAGAACCUCCUGUAGAAAGCGAGUAUGCUAAUGUCACAAAGCCUAAUCCAAUGUAUGAGGAGAUCAGAGAUGAAGACAGACAGAGCAGAUCUUCUCCUGUAGAAAUAUCCAGAGUUAAAACUUACGCUAAAUACACCAAACCAAAUGGAGUUGAAACCACAGACGAUGACUACAGCUUUGUCACUGCAGCCAGUUCUCAGAAGACAACUGAAGACAACUCGAAUGAACUCAACUAUUCUCAGGUGGAUUUUUCCAACGCUGCAGCUGCCUCGCUCAACAGCUCCCCCUGUGGUAAAGCAGAUAAUGUCCUCUACUCUGUGCCGCGGGUAGAAGCGAGCUUGGAUGGCAGGCAAGCCGAAGACGCUUCUCCUCCUCUGUACUCUACUGUUAGUUAACAUCAGCAGUAGCUUCAUUUACUCUCACAGGUGAACGCCAAACAUGUUAAAGCUUCAAGUUAGAACAACUUUUACAAUUUCUUUCAGCUUAUCUUAAAUAUUUGUGUUGAACAUAUGAAAGUUUUAUUAAAAUUAAGUUGUUUUGGCUAAGUUAAAUAUUACUUAUUUAACUAAAGUGCAAGUUAAAAUUAAAGAAGUAUUUGUUGUCGAGAGAGGCUGCUAAGCCCAGUUAUGUUGCCCGCUCCCCCAACUCCGGCUUGACACCCUCGAUCUCCUCGCUGUCCUGCAGCAGCACAAUGUUGCUUAAACUCAGGUGGCAUGCUAGCCAACAAAACUAGACAGCAACUGAUGCAAGAGCACUUACAGCAACGUUACUGGGUCCGAGUUAUCUAGUAAGUAUGCUAACAAUCAGUAUUGGAUCGGUGCGUCCCUAACAAUGUUUGCUAUCGAUAGUAGUAGCUUGUCGCUAUAUCAUGCGAUUGAUUUGCCUCCUCCUGCACUAACAGCCAGUUUAGUUUCACACUUUGGCAAUAGUUCUGAAUGAAAACUGUUCACAGAUCUGAAAGUUUCACUGAUUAAAUCCACUCAGCAUGGGUUAACUCCAGGAUGCUUAGGGUUUUAAUCUUUUCAGUGAACUGCAAUGUUAUUUUGGAAAACUAUUAUGUUGAUUUACUUCGGUGAAAUUAACAGUAAACUAUGUCAGUUAUGUUAAAUGUUCUUGGUGACAAAUUGUCGGUGACAAAAUUUUAAAAUGGUUUUACAGUAACUGAAAAUGUUGUGAAACAGCAACUAGCUGCUGAAAAAAACCCCAACAAUUCUAUAAGUUCUUUGUGUUUUUUUGCAUCAACAGUAAUGUGUAAAUAUAUGUUAUUGCCGUUAGAUACUGUUUUCAUGCCUCAUCGUUCUUAAUUAUUAACUUUUUAACUUAAGGAAAGUUUACAAUUCUUAAUCCUUUGACACAAAACACAAAAUUUUUCCACCAAAAUAAAAUAUUUGUAUGCGUUACUGUAAUAUUAUUUCUUUUUCCAGUAAUGAGUAGUGUAAGGGAUUACUAUUUACAAACAGUAAUAGCCUAAUAUUACAGUUACUAAUCCAAGUAACGCUGCGUUACCAGAGCACGAUUUGGUUUGUUUUCUUUGAUGUGUGCGCAAUUGCGUGGCAGGUCAAAGCACUUUAAGUCGAGAAGCUCAACCUUAUGUUGUUCAAGUGAUUUGUUUUCACAAAAAGCCUAAAGAAAAAUGGAGAAUGAGGGAGAUAGGCAGGGCCGGCGGAUAAGGCUUAAGCCUACCCAAAAAUUCCUUCCUAAAAGAUAUGUGAACAGGAUGCUGUCCUUGGUAUUGUAUUGUGCACAAUUAGGCUAAAAUUAAAGAAUACAAAUGUC